AUGGCUGGAUCGUCUGGAAGGACAAGAAGAGACCGACAGUCACCGGAGAAUAAUGAUGUGACACAGCCACAAUUCCAAGAACCAGGACCAUCACCACGAUACUCCACGCGGGGCUCUACCCAGCAGGUCCCACUGCACGGUCAAGACGUUCCCAUGCCUGACACCGUCUUCGGCGGCUUCUUGCCUAUCGAUUCUAUGUUCCAUGAUAAUCCUCCUCCGACAUACGGCCCCACAAGCGUCCCGGCCGGACUUACCCCCCAGAUGGCUGAUAUUCUGUAUCGGGGAUUCCUCGAAAACCUCGCCAAUUGGGCAUACGAUCAUAUGAAACAAAGGAUAGCUACGGACGCAGCGGCGAUACCUAUACUGAAAGACAUAAUGGCAGCACACAUGCAGGCUGACAUGGACGAUGUUCUUCACAAUGGUAAUGAGCAUGGCGACUCACAGCCAUGA